AUGGCGGUCAAGGAUGAGACAAAGCCAAAGAUCCCCGGUCAUGAGAUAACUUGUGUAUUGAAGUUGGAUACUAAUACCAAGGGGUGGCACAAGACCAUUUCCAAAGUUUUGAGAACAAUCGAGGGAGCAUCUUACAGUAUUGAUACAGAAACUGGAACCGUAACUGUAACUGGUUUGAUCGAUCCAAAAGCCCUUAUGGCACGAUUAGCCAAAUCUGGGAAGCAUGCAGAGCUGGUUAAGGUUGAUUCAGGAAUUCUUCGUGAGGCGAGGAUGAAAAAAGAGCUGAAGCAGAAACAGUUACAAGAACAGCGAGAACAUUAUCAAUAUUAUGCGCAAUAUGGAUACCCUUAUGGCUAUUCUAAUGGUUAUUAUCCUCAGCAAUAUGGAUACCAUAAUCAUAGUGGAGCAGGAUACCCUUAUGGAACAACAACACCAGAUUACUACCGCAGUCAUCAUCAGCCCUACCCUAACUACUAUCAGCAGCAGACAGUUAGGCCGACGACUACACCACCUGUACAACGAUUAGGGUUUCCACAGCCACCACCGCCGAUGGAGAUACACCCGUUUUACGAUCCGGAGACAAAGUGCACAAUUAUGUGA